CGGCCACGAAAAACAGUUGAUUCUCCUGAAAGCUGUUAAGUGAAACAAACAUUUCUUUCCCACUAUCAAUCACUUUAAUUCCUAUACAGUUCACUUUCUAUGUACCUAUAAAUUAGCUGCCUUAGUUUGGUACUUGUACGACAAUAUCAUUGUUGUGUCCAACAGUUUGGAAAAAUAUUACUACAACCGGAAAGGUACAGAUUAAUAAUGAUUAUCAGGACUCUGCUCUUAACGAUUAAUUAAUGCUUCGAUAUAUUCACUAACGAAAAUAAAUAAUUCGAGUAAUCGGUAUUAAUGAAAUGUUUAAUACAUAUUUUUCAUUCUGUGCACUAUGUAUUAUCCAGAUCAAUUUGUAGGACUUCUUACUAAGGAAAAUCUAGCAUGUUCUGAAUUAGGCGUAAUUUUUUUUCGUUAAUGUUCAUUUAACAAAUCUGUUGCCAUCGACUCCUUUGAAGUUGGAUACAAAAGGUCAGUACAGUCAUCGACGAGACGAUGCACAGAUCAAACACCGUAUGGAUCGCAGCCCAGUCAAGCUGCUUUACCGACCCAGUCGGUGGUAUUCCUAGAAAUUGCUUUGAGACCACCUUCCAGCCGAAUCAUCUCGAAGUACAUAUGGAUCAAACCUGUGAACUCGGUGGCUCAAAAGCCCAUUUGCUACUCAUGAACGAUUGGAAAUUCAAAGUUUCAGGAAACUCAAGAUAGACAAUAAAUUAAAAUGCCAAACAGUCGGGAAUACGUGAUGGUUCCCCCGCCACCUUUGAAGUUCACUUUGGAUGAGUGGCAUCUGAAUAAUCGCUACAGGUACCGAUGUUCAGAAGCCCAGCAGGAACUAGCCGAUCGACUUUUGGCCGAGUCUCAUCGUAUAUGCGAGACAAGUACGGAAAGGGCGAAGGGUAAUAAGGAGGAGACAGAAUACAGGCUGAAGGAAAAGCUCGAGGACAUCGAGUUCCGCAAAGGAGAACUCCUGCGAAUAAGGAAAGAGGUUCUUCUCGAAACCGACGCUCUGACAAUAUACAAGGAACGCAUCAUGAACGCGAUAGCCUCCGUGAGAAGGAACGCUCUCGUUAUUUGCGAGAAGUGUCUCAUGUUUAGAGAGCAUAGAUUGGGAAUCGACCUAGUCUGCGACGACGUUGAAAGACAACUGUUGAAGGAGUGCGAGGUGAUCAAAGGCGUCGAGAAUUUACUGGUGCGAACCUUGGAGCAAACUCAGGAGCAGAUACGCCGGCUUAAAGCGACCCUCUACUAUAUGGACCACGAUCUUGAAGACAAGGAGAACAACUUGCGCAUCGACAGACAUAAUCUGACUCUGAAAGAAACCAGCUUGAAUUUAAGCAUUUAUCAUGGUACCUCGCGGCUGGAUCCAUCAACGAUAGAACUGAACGAGUGGGAGAUGCAGACGAACGAGAACAUUGUUGCCGCCUCGAAGGAAAUCAACAGUGCCAGGCCGAUGCGGUGUUACAUCGACACGGUAAUAAAACAGGCGGUCGAUGAUUUAAAUCAGCAGAAGGAUGCCACCGACCACGCCUUCAGGCAACGCAUAGAAGAUAUCAGGGAUGCGAAGACGAAAUUGGAGUUACAACACUCGGAGGUAAUGAGACAAGCAAAUGAAAUGACGCAGAACGUGACGCGCAUCGAGAAAGCAAUCGCGGAGAAAGAACGUUACUUAGCAUUAGCACAUACGAGGCUCGGUAACAGAUGUCAACGACCAGGUUUAGAACUCACACGGGAUUUAGUGGAGACUCAACUCGUGAAAGAAGUUUACGAUCUGCGCGAGGUCGUGUCGAAAUUGCAAGCAACUAUGUUCGAGGCUCAGGCGUCAUUACGUUAUUUGCUGAAGACGCAGGUUCAAAUUGAGGAAGAUAUUAACAUUAAAACGAAUACUCUAAAGAUCGACGAGGUUGACUGCAUGACCCUACGCCAGAGCAUGGACUAUCAUGCGUAUUAAAUUGAUUUUUAAUCAACCACAUUAUGCCUUUUAUGUAUCCAGUAAUUAUUUAUAAUAAAAUAUAACAUCCGCCCGAAAACAACACGAGUUCACUGUGAAUCAUAUGUAAUCAAGCUCUGUACAUUUUCUGUAAGAAUUCAGUGUUCUAUUAAAUUGUAAUUUGAAAUUGUAAAACGGUUUGUAACUCGUAAGGAGACACGAAAGCCGUGGGAUUAUUAUUAAGUGCGUUAGUAGUAAGUGCGUUAAGGCUAAGCUAAGUUCGAUAUAAGCGUGCGAAAGAAGACGUCGAUCAUCCGCCGUGGGAUACUUCAUUUCAGGCUCAAGAAAGAAAACAGCCGUCGUGGGAUUAAUACUAAGUGCGUUAAAAAUAAGUGCGUUAAAAAUAAGUGCGU